GUCCGAUGGAAGACCUGAGGGCAACUUACAGAGACACGGAGGAUGAGAGCAAUGAAUCCUCCCUCAACACCACAGCCACGGCAACGGUCACCGGCGAUUCUCCCACUACGGAACCACCAUCUGCAUCUACCUUCGACGUAGAAGCAACCGCUUCUGACAUUCCGGCGCCACGCGCAUCAGAUUACUAUAAUUCGGAAACAGAUCGCAAAUCGUCUUCGCAACUCGUCAAAUCAUAUGAAACGGAUGAAGAAGAUGGUGAAGAAAGUUAUGAUGAUGAAGACGAAGAGCCUCCUCCGAAGAAGCAUAAACUAUUCCCGUCGUCCUCUCGGACUCAGUCAGCCGUUGUAGAGCUGGCUGAGGAGGAAUGUACCGGAAUUCCCUUGGAUACUCCAUCUGUCAAAACUAAACCUACUACUGAGGUUAAAGAACCAGUUUCGAAGAGUAGCAAGAAGUCAAAAUCUAAGAAGAAGGGUAACAACGUGUGGACGAAGCCUGCAUCUAGAAAGGGAAAGAAGAAGAACAAAAGUAACGGUAACAAUAAUGGAAACAAGAAGAAUGUUGAUGCACAGGAAUCUGAGGACAAGGUGUUGAUCACACCUGUACCUAGGUUCCCCGAUAAGAAUGAUGAUGGACAGGAGAUGAAAAUCUGCCUCUCGAAAGCUUUCAAGGCAGAGAAAGUUGAUCUAAGUGAGGAUAGAUUGAGUGCCGGGAGUACAAAGGGGUAUAGAAUGGUAAGGGCCACGAGGGGAGUGGAGGAAGGGGCUUGGUACUUUGAGAUUAGGGUGAUGAACUUGGGGGAAACUGGGCAUACACGGCUUGGUUGGUCAACUGAAAAAGGGGACAUUCAGGCUCCUGUUGGAUACGAUGGGAAUAGCUUUGGCUAUAGAGAUAUUGAUGGCAGUAAAGUUCACAAGGCACUUAGAGAGAAGUAUGCGGAUGAAGGAUAUGGAGAAGGUGAUGUCCUCGGUUUUUAUAUUAGUUUGCCUGAUGGGCGCCAGUAUACGCCUAAUCCUCCCAGGCUUGUGUGGUACAAGGGACAGAGAUACAUGUGCACAGCUGACCCUAAGGACCCCCCCAAAGUUGUUCCUGGGAGUGAGAUAUCUUUCUUCAAAAAUGGCAUAUGUCAAGGAGUUGCUUUUAAGGAUCUCUAUGGUGGUCGUUACUACCCUGCUGCUUCAAUGUACACACUUCCCAACCAACCUAAUUGUGUCGUGAAGUUCAACUUUGGCCCUGAUUUUGAAUGCUUUCCACAAGAAUUUGGUGGGCGCCCAACACCAAGACCUAUGGUUGAAGUUCCAUAUCAUGGAUUUGAUGGGAGAGUUGAGAAUGGUAAUUUGUGGCAUUCAGUGAGAAUGCGCACGAUGCUGAAAGUUGUUAAUGGAGAAGAUUAUAGUAAUGUGGAAGCUGCUGAACCUAACAGCUAAACUUGUGGAUAUAUAUAGUCUAUUCAGGUUGGUUUUGUUCUAAACUUUUGUAAAUGAAAUAGGUGAAGAACUGUACGGGCGAUGAUGCCUAAUGGUACAACUCCUUAGUAGGGGCGAAUUUCCAAUGCAUCAUCCAUCAAUCCUCACCCUUGGCACAUUCCUGUGUGUUUUUAUAAUGUACUUUUAUUUAUGAAA